UUGUGGCAUCUUGCGGAACUGAUUUUUAUCCAAGUAUCUCCACCUGGAUAUUUAGCAUUCAAUCUCUGUAGUUGGUUUUACGUGCAGUCCCAGGAAGCGGCUAAUCGCGCUCGAGAGAUUUUGGACAGUGCAAACAGAGAGCAAUCCAGUCAUAUUUUAUUGCAUGAUAAACUGAAUAAUCUUAAAUCAUGGGAAACCAACAAGGACUUUUGGCCAACAGUUUUAAGCUUGGUUUUACAAGCUAGGUGUCAAGAAGCAGCAAGUUUGCUUGUCCUGCAUUCUAAUUCUAACGGUCGUGGUCUCCGAAGUCUACGUCAACUUCUAGCUUCUAUGCCAGUUGCUUCUCAUGCUGAAAAAGAGGGUAUGUGGACUGAGUAUGGUGCUCAGUUUUCGCAGGCGUGGAAUUAUUGGCAGUCAGAGUGUGAACAUCGACUGUCUUCGGGAGAAUUCGACCAUGUUGGUGGUGAUCCAGCAUCAGUUGACUUCAUAAAAUUAAUUGUAAAUAUCUUAUCGGGGCGUACGUCUAUUUGGGAUGAUCCGCGAAUUCUGGACGUAACUAGAGGUUCACGUGGAUGGUUUUUUCGUUUUGUAUCAUUUGUUUUCUACACUGACCAGUUGGUAAAUAUUGAUGGUUUAAGCAGCGAUCUUGAUCGAUGGCUUGCUUUAACGAAGAAAGGUAAUAUGGAACCGGGCUCUAACUUUGAUCAGUCCGUCGAUGCUUUAAUCACAAGCAUUUUUCACGUGGAUCUAUUUUCAUUUGUUCGUAUAGCAAGUGAAAAAUUAAGUAAUUGGUGGUUUAUUGCACAUUUUACGAAUCUUUUAAAUCACAUAUAUCCUGGUGUACUUAAUGAUCUUCAGCUUACACAUAAACAAGACGAGUUAUCUUUAGAAUCUUGUCCAAAAACAGUAAAUUAUAAAUCUAAUGCUAAGUUUAAUGAAUCAUUGUAUCAACCUGUAGACAGCUCUUCAUUGGUUGAAUUUUUUCUUCUUGGUUAUGUCGAAUCAUUGGCUUCUGAAACAAGUCUUUUAUCUAUUGCACUUGGAUAUUUGGAUCACUGUAAAUCUGGGCGUACUCGUCAAUCUACCUUAUUAUUGAGACAUGCUGUGCCAGUUUCAACUAGAGCUACAAACUGGUUUAUUAGUCAAGCCAAAGUUAGAGGAUUAUAUUCAACUGCUGAAGAAUUAGCCAAAUUAAAUUGUCGUAGAUUUACAUGUUUAUCAUUGCAAUCACAAGAAGGUUCUAUAAUUAAUUCAUCAAAUUAUUCUCCAAUAUGUAUCUCUAUAGGUUGGGCUUUAAUGGCACGUGAUUAUUCUAUGAUUAAUCGAUUAGCUGAACUCUCUCUUGCUAGAGAUAAUGGAUUUAUGCAUAAGGACACUUUAAAUGAAACAAUAACUUCGCAUGCUUCUACAGAAGUUGCAGAAUUGGCUGCUAUAAUAUUAGGUUUUUGUCGAGGAUCAUCAUUUGACGAACCGUCUAAUAAUAAUAAAGUUAAUGAAGUGAAUCAUCUUCAAUUAUCACCUGAAUUAGCUUUUUUAAUUCGUUAUGCUGAACUUCAACAAAGUUUUAAUGAUGGUGAUUGUGAAGGCGCAGUUGAUCGAAUUAUUGAUUUACUAGUUACUAGUCCUGGGAACUCACUUAUUACCACCAAUUCAACUGGACAAGAUUGUACAAAUUCUUCGACUACAGGUUUUGGUUUACGUAUACCAACUCGUCUUAAAAUAAGACUUCUUGCUGAAAUUAAAAUGAACUCAAAAUAA